UACGUCAUCAGCGCGCGCCAGCUCCGCGGGAACUUUAGCGGGUGGUGGGCUCAGGUGGCUCGUGACCCUGGGACUUCGCCGCGGCGCGCGUAGGAAGAUGACAGAUGGUGAAAAAGCAUUUGAAACCUUGACGCUGGGGAGAUUAAGCUUGGAGAAAGUGAUAGAAGGAACACAGUUUUGAAGUGACCAGAGGGUUGUCUUGUGGAAAGAUUAGACCUUGUUUUCCUGGAGAGUGUUUUCCAGACCAGUGUGUGAAGGGCCAAGGCACGGAUGUUUAAACGGGAAGCUUCAACACUUUUUAAAAACAACCUUCAGAAUGGCUUUGAACCAGACAAGCUAGAGGUUGCUUUAGAGCACUGCCUUCAGCAUGCAUCUCCUCUGUUAGCCUUCCUGGGCGAGAAACUCUUCGAAGGGGUUGUUCUGCAGAGGGCAGAGAGCUGAUGGAUUUGAAUCCGAUUGGUGGAUUUGACUUUUCUGGUAGAAUUCUCUUGCUUUAUUAUAUUCCUUCCCAGAGUUCUGAGAGGCGUGGAGGUAUUAAUGGGACUGAAGUGCCUAGAAGGAAGGGAAGCAGUAUUUUCAUGCUGAGUGAAAACUAAACAGGUGACCGUUGUGACUGGAAAUACUUAAAGCUUCCCACGUCUGGAUUUGCUGGAUUGGGGACACAGAGGAACUGUCACUACUGGGGAGAAAGAAGCUAGACUGGACAAGAAAACCCAGAUAAAGAGAAUGAAGGCCACCGGAGAAUAAAUGGCCACCUCCACCUUGCCAGAGACAAAGUCAGCCUCCUGGUGGAAUUAUUUUUUCCUUUAUGAUGGUUCCAAGGUGAAGGGAGAAGGAGAUCCAACCAGAGCCGGCAUCUGUUACUUUUAUCCCUCUCAGACCCUGCUUGACCAACAGGAGUUGCUCUGUGGACAGAUUGCCGGGGCUGUCCACUGUAUUUCUGACAUUUCUGGCUCUCCUCCCGCCCUCAUCCGUCUGCGGAAACUUAAGUUCGCUAUAAAAGUGGACGGCGAUUUCCUUUGGGCACUGGGCUGUGCUGUGGAGCUCCCUGAUGUCAGCUGCAAGCAGCUUCUGGACCAGCUCAUUGGCUUAUUUCAUUUUUACAAUGGACCUGUUUCUCUGGCAUACGAGAGCUGCUCUCGGGAAGCACUGAGCGUGGAGUGGGACACCUUCAUCGACCAGAUCCUGAGGGACACGGGUGACCUGCACAAGAUAUUCAACUCCCUCUGGAACCUGGACCGAACCAAAGUGGAGCCCCUGCUGUUGCUGAAGGCGGCCCUCAUUCUACAGACCUGCCAGCGCUCCCCUCACAUUCUAGCUGGCUGCAUCCUCUAUAAGGGACUGAUCGUCAAUACCCAGCUCCCGCCCUCCAUCACGGCCAAGGUCCUGCUUCAUCGAGCUGCACAUCAGGACCAGAGAAUACCUACAGGAGGGGAUGCCCUGCAGGAACACAGAGUGGCACUCCCUCCAAAUGUCCAGAUUGUGCGUGUUUUCCUGACCGAAGAAGAAGCCGACAGCCUCCAUGAGUUCCCCCGGGAGCCUGUGACCAGUGCCCCAGCAUCAUCAGCCAGACUCCAGGAGCCCUCAGCCCAGCGCCCUCCAAAGAAGGGUUUGAGCACAGCUGUCCUGGAAGAAAAUGCCCCUGAGCACGUGGAAUCCACCAUCUGGACCUCCACGACCUCCCCUGAGCCCACGUCUCCUGACACUGCUUGGUCAAAUGGCAACUGGGAGAAUGGACACUGGUCUGGCCAUGAUCUGGAGAGCAUCAAGCCUGUAAAACUGCCCCACACCACCUGGAGCAAGGGGCCUGGGCUCAGCUGCUCCCUGGGGAAGGAACCUGGUUUGUUCAGGGCAGGAGAGGAGCUAGACUUGUCUGAAAUCCAUAUUCCAGAAGCUCAGGAAAUGGGAGCAUCCUCAGGUUAUUUUGCUUCAUCACCUGUAUGUGCCCCAGAUAGGGGGGCUCCUGGCUGCAGGGACUCUGUCGGUGACACUGGCAACCCUGAACCCAAGCUACCUGAGGCCCUGCCUGGGGGCACAGCCAUCGGCAGCCUUCUCCACACCUCUGCUCUUGAGAUGCUCCCCCAGAAUGGAGCCCUGGAACAGCUUGGAGACCUUCCUGGUGACAGCAGCCAGACCCUUGGAAGGACAAGUGGGCUGUUGCCAUCACCUUGCUUAGAUUCGAGGCAGACAGGACCUGAGCUUCCCCUGGAGAAACAAGACGCAGAGCAACGUGGUGAUGGGGUUCAUGAGAGCCACUCAGCCCCCAGUCAGGAACUCAGCUCCGGCUUGGCAGAACCCCCAGGCAGAACCAACUCCGGGUCAACCCUGACAUCCAGCGUGGGGCUUGUGCGGAUGAACCUCUACACUCACAGUGUUAAAGGCCUGGUGCUGUCGCUGCUGGCCAAGGAGCCGCUGCUGGGAGACAGUGCGGCCAUCGAGGAGGUGUACCAUGGCAGCCUGGCGUCCCUCAAUGGGCUCGAGGUGCACCUGAGCGAGACACUGCCCCGGGACCAGGCAGCCUCCAUGGCCAGAACCUACAACUUCACUCACUACGACCGCGUCCAGAAUGUGCUGGCAGCCAACCUGCCUCAGGAGGCCACAGCCCAGGACCGCCGCUUCCUCCACGCCGUCAGCCUCAUGCAUUCUGACUUCGCCCGGCUGCCCACACUGUACGAGGUAACCGUCAGGAAUGCCUCCACAGCUGUGUAUGCCUGCUGCAACCCUGUCCAGGAGACCUAUUUCCAGCAGCUGGCAUCAGCAGCACGGAGCUCUGGCUUCCCAAGCCCACAGGAUGGUGCCUUCAGCCUCCCAGGCAAAGCCAAGCAGAAGCUGCUGAAGCAUGGGGUGAACUUGCUCUGAACCGAGCCCCAAGCAGACAUUCAUUACCCAGCAGAUGACUGUCACAUCACAGCCCAGCAAAGGAAGCUCUGCCUUGUUAAACGGGAAAGUCCCUGUAUUUUUUUUCUUGGAAUAGUCCCUUUUUUAAGGACUGGAACAACAUUGGAGUGUUUGUUACUCCUUCUGAAGACUGGGGUUGGAGGGGGGUAGUUCCUCAGGUCAGCAAGACUGUGAACUGGGUGGGGACAGGCUAGACUGUGCCCCUUGCUUGGAAGUGGGAUGUGCUGCCGGUCCCUCCUGAGUGAGCAUCCCAAACAGGAGUUUCCAAAAGACUUUGGUGCAAAAGCAGAGCUGUGCUUUUCAGUGGUGGCUGCGUGAAAGGGAACAGCAUCCGUUUGUGUGUUUCUGGGCCGGUGUGGCACGUAGAACAUCAGUUCUGUUACAUUACAGCCAGACAUUUUAUGAAAAUACAUGCAGGACACAGGAUGAAAUCAUUUUCCCAAAUCCGAACCAGAUGAUUACUGGAAAUACCUGAGAUUCCCUUUGAAAACUGUGAUGUUAAUAACUUUGGUCUCUUUUUCUUGAAACAAGUUUCUAAGGGCUAAAAAUAAAAUAGCCAAAAAGCUGAGUUCUGAAUAAAUGGUGACAUCUCUAGUGACAAA